AUGGUUCUCGCAAAGUCCAAAAACUCCGUGGGGCUGGGCAACAGCCUCAUGAAGGAUCGUUUCGGAAAGGGAAAAGCGUCGAACAUGAAGAAAGCCUCGCACAAUCAAGCCGUCGCACGGAAGGACAUGAACGGAGAGACAUACAUCACCAAUGCCAAGGAGGAUGCUGCCUGGGUGAAGAUGCGCAGUAUCACGGAACAAGCCGCUCUAGACGAGUUCCUGAGCACCGCUGAACUGGCGGGCACCGAUUUUACCGCCGAGAAGAUGAACAAUGUUAAGAUUAUUCACGCCGAUCAGAAGAACCCUUAUCUCCUGUCCGCCUCCGAGGAGAAAUCGGCGGUGAAGAAGCACCAGAAGAACAGAGGACGACUGACUGUUCCGAGACGACCGAAGUGGGAUUCGACGACGACGCGGCAACAGCUCGAUGUUAUGGAGAGAGAGAGUUUCUUGAGCUGGCGCAGAGGCCUGGCUGAGCUCCAGGAGAAUCACGAUCUGUUGAUGACACCGUUUGAGCGGAACUUGGAAGUCUGGCGACAGCUUUGGCGUGUCAUUGAACGGUCUGAUCUAGUCGUGCAAAUUGUCGAUGCUCGGAACCCGUUACAUUUCCGGUCGGAGGAUCUUGAGUCUUACGUGAAGGAGAUUGAUCCCAAGAAAGAGAACCUUCUACUCGUCAACAAGGCAGAUAUGCUUACUGAGAAGCAACGAGAAGCCUGGGCAGACUACUUCGAGCGUAAUAACAUCAGCUUCCGGUUCUUUUCGGCCCAGCUAGCGAAGGAGAAAAUUGAAGCAGAGCUUGCGGAGCAAGGCGACAGCGACGAUGAAGAGGUGGCGGAGAAGCUAGCGGAGACAACAAUCGAAGAACAGCCGACUGAGGCGCCACAGGAGGAGCAUGAUGGAGGAUUGAAACUUCCCGGCUCGAGCAAAUCCCGGAGGACGGAAAUUCUCGACGUUGAUGAACUCGAAGAACUCUUCCUUUCCAACACGCCCGAUACUCUUCCCGAAAACGACGACCCAGAGAACCCGCGCAAGCACAAGACCGUCAUUGGUCUUGUCGGUUACCCUAACGUCGGUAAAUCCAGUACAAUCAACGCCCUUCUCGGAGCCAAGAAGGUCUCCGUUUCCGCUACGCCCGGUAAGACGAAGCACUUCCAGACUCUUUACCUCUCGCCGGAGAUCAUGCUCUGUGAUUGCCCCGGUCUGGUUUUCCCCAACUUCGCCACGACCAAGGCCGACCUGGUUGUCAACGGUGUCCUGCCCAUCGACCAGCAGCGUGAAUUCACCGGCCCAGCAACCAUCAUCGCCCAGCGCGUUCCCAAGCAUUUCCUUGAGAACGUCUACGGAGUCACCAUCCAUACCCGCCCCAUCGAAGAAGGCGGCACAGGCAUCCCCACCGGCAGCGAGCUUCUGCGCGCCUAUGCCCGCGCCCGUGGCUUUUCCACUCAAGGUCUGGGCCAGCCUGAUGAAUCCCGCGCUGCCCGAUACGUCCUGAAGGACUACGUCAAUGGCAAACUCCUCUUCUGCCACCCACCCCCAGUGCCAGAGGGCCAAACUCCCCUUGACCCCAAUGAGUUCAACGUCGAACUCUACGACAUGGCCCACCUCCCCGCGAGGCGACAAGAACAGCUCGCCAAGACGAUGCAAGCAGAGCAAACGGCUGAGGACCUCGACGCCGACAUCCUCUCUCUGCCCAAGCAACCCGUACAAGGCACCCGCUCCCGCAACCUCGAUACCGGCUUCUUCGGCGACGCCUCGAAGGGUUCCGCCGGCCGUCUCACCCUCCCCUUCAACGCCCCGUACACCGAACAAGGCCAGCAGAUGCGCCAACAGCUGACCGGCCGUAAGGAGCGGCUGAUGGUCGCCCUGGAACGCGGAAUCGACGUGACCGAGGUCCGAGGCAGUAGCUCCAAGAAGCAUUUCAAGGGCAACAAGAAGCAGGCGAAGAAGAAGCGCGCCGUUACUGAGGAUGAUGAUUACUGA